AUGGAGUCUAAUACAAUCAGCGAGUUCGCUCACUUGAAAAUGCCACUAGAAGAUAUAGUGAAGGCCACCAAUAACUUUGCUGAUGAAAACAUCAUCGGUAAAGGUGGGUUCGGGACCGUUUACAAAGGGGAAAUACGUUUCCCCUCUGACUGGGUCUCGUCGGAGAUUUCUUGCCAGAGGUUAGAUCGUAGGCAGGGGCAGGGAGACGUCGAGUUCUGGACAGAGAUUUCGGUUCUUUCUAAUCUCGAUCAUGAUAACAUACUCAAAAUAAUCGGGUAUUGUGACGUGAAAAACGAGAAGAUCAUCAUAAGCAACUAUUAUCCCAAGGGAAGUCUCUCCAUGCACCUAACCGACACUACCAACCUCACAUGGAAUAAAAGACUAAUGAUAUCUCGUGGCAUUGCUAAUGCCAUAACAUAUCUCCAUCAGAACAUCCGACGACAGAGGAAAAUCCGACAGAAUUACGAUGUAAUACACCGUAAUAUCAACAGCUUCACAGUUCUAUUAGAUAGUCGCUGGACACCCAUAUUAACUGGAUUUGAAUUUUCAAUCAAACAUCCAGUAGACCGAAAGAAUCAUGUUUUUCGCUGUGAAGCUAUUGGGACAAAAGGGUAUAUGGACCCGGAAAUUGAAAAGACGGGAGGGGUGACACACAAGUCGGAUAUCUACGCGUUGGGCGUCGUUUUAUUUGAAAUCAUGUGCGGCAGAAAAGCAUUCGAUCCAAAAUUAGAAAAUGAUAAUAUGUUUCUAGCACCAUUGGCCAAAAUUCAUUUUAAAAAUGAUACACUGCAAGAUAUAAUCAAUCCCGAAUUAUGA